UUUCGACUGGGGGCAUCACAUGACCUGUUUAUUUGUCCCCGUGAUCAAUCUAUUUAAUUUGAAAUAUUUAUGAUUACUAAUUUAUUAUUAUGGAAAAAAUAGAAUAUUCUCUCGACAACAGUGGUGAUGGUGAAGAAAUUCUUGGAGUAAUAGAUGAAAGUUCGGGAUCACUGGCUUAUAGUGUUAUAGAAGUAAAAACAGAAGACAGUAUGGAUCCCUUGAUUUCAGCGGGUCCUUCCUAUUCUCCAAAUGGCUCUCAGCAAGCAAUGAUCGCUUCACCAAUUGAUGGGCAAUAUUAUGUAAUUGGAGGAACAGAUGUAUUUGCAGCCCAAACAAGAUCCCUUGCGCCACGUCUAGCAGAAUCUGGAAGAAUUGUUCAAGUUACGCAUGGUAUAAAAAAAAGGGAUGAUAGAAGAAGAGCUACACAUAAUGAGGUUGAAAGGAGAAGAAGGGAUAAAAUCAACAAUUGGAUUACAAAAUUAGCAAAAAUUAUAUCUGAAGGAUGCCAUAAUGGAAAUGGAAAAUUAGAAUCAAUAGAAAGCCAAUCAAAAGGAGGAAUUCUAGCUAAAGCUUGUGAAUAUAUAACAGAGUUACGAGACUCAAAUCAAAGUUUACAAGAGUGCCUUAAGGAGCAGGAAAAGAAAAUUAUGGAAUUAGAAAAAAGUCAAAAACAAAUUAAUCAAUUAAAGCGAGAUAAUGAUAUUUUGCGCGCACAACUAUCUCAACCUGGAUCCCUGGAUAGUCUGCAGCAUGGUUCAUAGCAAGGGUAAGUCACUUUUGUGGCAGUUAUUAGUUUGGACCAAUGUGAAGAAAAAGUUGAGGAGAAUUUAGUCUAUAUAUACAAAGUUUGUAAUAAAAGAUUUUAUAUAAUGAAUAUUAUAGAUAAAGCACAUUUUGACCAGCAGUUAGUAAAGAAAGAAUUGAUAUAAUAAUAUAAAGAAUAUUUAUUAAUUCUGUUCUUGAGUUAUUUUGUAAAGUAUAGCCAUUUU